UGUUGUACUGUUUAACUUUUAAAGAUGGUCGGUAGCUCCAAUAUAUAUAUUUUGAGGUUUGGCAAAAACGUACCCAUACCUAAAAACUGCGGCGUCUCACAGUCUUGCACAGAAUUAUCACGACACGCUAAUCCAAGAUCUUACUCUACCACUGUGUUCUUCUCCUUGCAAUAUAUCCAUCUCCAUGUCAGAAAGACCCGGUCGCCAGCGCCUUCCAUCCGUCCUCGAUGUACUAUCCAGUGGCUUGAAACUUGAUGUCAGAGCCCAUCAAAGAACCUAUGAAGGGGCAUAUACAAGAACCGCUAUGGGUGCUCUCUCCUUCUCGAUCCUUAUUAUAAAACUUUUCCUGAAAGAAUUCUUACCUAUUGGCGCAGCAUACACUGUGUAUGGUAGUCUUCUCUACUUCAUUGGAGUCGUCAAGUCUGGUACAGUCGACACCUAUUACAACCCGGAAAAGGAUAUGCAAAUCUAUCGCACUGGAGGCGAUACUGUACUUCUCCUCACACUUCUUAGUUUAGCUAGUUAUUUGGUAUUAUUAGUCUUGGUAUGGAGAAUGGAUUAGAUAAAUAUAUACAUCAAGAAAUGUUUUCCUUGUAGCACUACUAAAUUAUUAAAAAAUGUUCUUCGUAUGUAUUAAGCUAAAAGCUUUUAUGUGUGUAUAUAUGCAUGUGUGUGUGUUUGUGUGUAUGUGUCUGUUUGUUUUUAACCUU